AUGAUGAAUCAGGACAGAGUAGAAAAAUGUGGGAAUCAAAUAAUUCACAUAAGAGGGGACAGCGACACAAAAUUGAUGGAGAUGUUUAAUGUUCUAGAAAACAAAAAGGAAAUGCCACCGGGAUACAUUUCAAUGAAGGAUCCAAAAAGAAGGCUGCCAUCAUCCUUUUUUGAUCCCAAUCCUGUAAGAACAAAAGCUGUUGCAGAUGAUAAGAGACAGUCUCAGCCUCAAAUACAGACCACAUUGAAAAACCCUUGCAACCUGAGCAACCAAUCAAUAUCACAUACCAGAGCCAACUCUGCCCCUGAGACUCGUUUCCUGAACGCAAUGAACUGUGGAGGAGAGAGUGGUGCUAUGAUGAGCAUCAAGCAGGAAUCUGCCGCUACUACUGACAUCAACAACCCUAACAUUUUAGAUUUUUGUUUAACAGAGUCCACAACUACAUAUUUUAUGGAACCUAGUUCUAAAAUUGUAUAUUAUUAUCUUAUAUUAUUGACAUUAGAGACCAUCAACGAGGAAAACCUGGCCAGGUUGAGACUGCUUGCAUUGAACCAAGAGAAGCAGCAGGAGCUCUUCCGACAACAGCAGCAACUUCAACUGAAGCAGUCCAACUUGAAACAACAACAUUCAAAUAUGAACAUUGCUAACAAUAGAAAUUUUUCUAACAAUAAAGCAUAUCAAGGGAUGAGCAGCCUGUUGAUGCAACCACAACAACCGCAGCAGCAGCAACAACAGCAACAACAAAUCCAGCACCAAACGGCACAAUCACAACAACAACAACAACACAUGCACCACCACCAACAACAACAACAACUAAAAAGAGAACAACUGAUCAUGAUCGAGCUGCAGAAGUUGAAGAUGGAGAGCGAGAGGCUUCAGAAAGAACAAAUGAAGUUGUCCCAACAAGAGUUGAUGUUGAACAACAUGCUUAGGCAAUCAAACGCGCAACCAGGCGACAACAUGAACAUCAACUACUGCAACAACGCCAUUGCCGCCGAGGGUGGUGGUGGUGAUGUCGCCGGGAUGAUUGGCGGUGGUGCUGGUGGUGUGGUUGGUGUGGCGAGUGGCAUGGUCCUCCCCAAUGAGUCUGUCGUCACUUCUCAAAUGCUCGACCAUUACAGGCAGAACAGUGGAGAUAGUGGAUUUGUUGACCUGGAUAUCAUGGAGCUCUCCCUCAUGCAGACAAGCAGUUCACAAGUAUGUUCAUAUUUUAGUUCACAUGAUAUAAAAUUACGAAGUAUAUAUGUAUAA